UAUAUUAACAGAAGACAUCUGGAUUCUGAGAAACGGGCACUGCUGAAUCAUCAUGAUCAGUAUAGCUGUUGUUAGUCCAAGUAUCAUUCUCUGUGGUACUGGUGUUGUAAGUCUGUUGGCUCUGAUCUUCAAGUUGCUUCACAGACUAUGGUGGACUCCAACUCGCAUUCAGAAGCUGAUGGCUGCUCAGGGAAUCAGAGGCCCUUCUUACAGAGUCAUCCAUGGCAACACCAAAGAGAUCAACAACAUGAAAACACAAGCCAUGAGCCGGCCCAGAAAUUUGACCCAUGACAUAGUAUCCGGAGUUCAUCCUCAUAUUCACUCUUGGACCAACAUAUAUGGGAAGAAUUAUCUUCAGUGGCAUGGUUCUCAGGCUCAGUUGGUGAUUACAGAACCAGAGUUGUGUAGAGAGAUACUGAAUGACAAAGAAAGAGCUUAUCCGAAAAUGGAGCCGAUACACUUUAUCAAGAAGCUCUUUGGAGAAGGCCUUGGCACCAGAACCAAAUCCGAUGAAAAAUGGGCACAAUUGCGAAAGAUCUCCAACCAUGCCUUCCUUGGAGAGAGCUUAAAAAAUAAGAUUCCAGCAACCAUAGAUAGUGCUGGGACGAUGCUCCAAAGGUGGAAAAACCAUGAAGGCAAAGAGAUUGAGGUGUAUGAAGAAUUUAGAUUGUUGACUGCAGAAGUGAUUUCCAGGACAGCAUUUGGCAGCAGCUACUUAGAAGGACAACACAUUUUUGAAAUGUUGAUGAAGUUUUACUUCUUAAUAUCCAAAAAUUUAUUCACAAUCAGGUUGCCUAGCGUCAUCAGUAAGGUUUACAAGACCAAAGAUGAGACUGAAGCAGAGAAGCUUGACCUUGGAAUCCGUGACUCCAUAGUGAAGAUCAUCCAGGAAAGAGAAGCCAAGGCAAUGAGGACUGGAGAAGAAGGAAACUUUGGAGAUGAUUUUCUUGGAUUGCUGUUGAAGGCUCAUCAUGAUGCCGAUGUUGACGAGAGGAUUACGGUAGAGGAAUUGAUUGAUGAGUGCAAAACAUUGUACUUUGCAGGACAGGAUUCCACUGCCAGUUUACUUGCUUGGACCAUCCUUCUUCUGGCACUUCAUACUGAUUGGCAAGAUGAAGCGCGAAAGGAAGUCCUACAAGUAUUUGGCAAACAAAACCGGCCAAAUCAUGAUGGCAUUGCCAAACUCAAAACAUUAAGUAUGAUCAUUAAUGAGUCCUUAAGGUUAUAUCCUCCUCUUGUUACUGUAAGUGGGAGGACAGCUAAUAGAGAGGUUAGAUUGGGAAAGCUAACCAUUGAUCCAGCAUCUAAUCUUGAACUGCUCAUCAAACCUUUAUCAUUGCACCAUGAUCCUGACUUCUGGGGAAAAGAUGUGCAUCUCUUCAAACCAGAGCGAUUCGCAGACGGGGUUGGCAACGCUACGAAUAAUAACCUAGCUGGAUUCCUACCCUUCGGAACAGGACGAAGAAUGUGUGUGGGCUUCGACUUUGCCACCACUGAAGCAAAGGUUGUUCUGUCAAUGAUUCUACAGCGCUACUCCUUCACCCUUUCUCCAACUUAUGUACACUCGCCCUAUGAGGCGCUUACGCUUUGCCCACAACAUGGAGUUCAAGUAGUGCUACACUCACUUUGAAACUGCUUGAGAUGGAAAUGAGCAGAAUUAUCCAUAAAUUCAUAAUCAUAAUAGUUAUUCCUUUUGAAUUGUGUAUGAACUGUACCGAGACAUCAAUAUAUAGUUUAUAUGGCGUAUGCUAGCUUUUGCAUAUGUUAGCUUUGUAAAGAGUGCAACCUUUCUUUGA